UGCCAGUAAAGCAAAAUAUGUGCGAUUCCAAAUGAACCUUUUCCGUUCCAGCAUCCACAAACAAAUGAGAAAAUGAUGCAUCAAGUAACCAGCAGCAGCAGUGACUAUUGUAUGAGUGGACUGACAGAGGAGUGUCAUCCAGCCAGCCACUUUGACUUAUGUAGCACACAAUCCAACAAAUUCUACCCAUCUCCAACAAACCCUGGUUUACAGUUGUCUCUAGCUGGCCUAGCUCCUUUGCCACAGGGCAUGCACAAAGCCACGUCAUGUCAAAUGCAAGACACCCAGAAUGACUUCCAGACUCAGACAGUGAAAAUCAGGAGCACUGAGUGUGCAGGGUCAGAUGGCUCAAAAAAGAAGAAGGGCACAGUAAAGUCGGGGCGGAGAGGUAGGCCAUCAGGAACCACAAAGUCAGCUGGAUACCGUACAAGCACUGGACGUCCACUUGGAACAACUAGAGCGGCAGGGUUCAAAACCAGCCCGGGGAGGCCUCUUGGUACCACUAAAGCAGCAGGAUAUAAGGUCAGCCCUGGCAGGCCUCCAGGCAGCAUCAAGAGUCUAGCCCGGCUCAAGAAGCUGGAGUUCGGUUGUGACAGUGCGAAGAAACUUGACUUUAGCAACUGCAGUGUUCCCAAGAAACUGGACUUCACCACCUGUGAUGUUCCACCUUUUCCAUACACCGUGAUGGAGAAAAGAGACCUCUGUGAGCCCAGUGGCAAAGUGGAUGACACCAGCCAAUAGUUCUGCAGCUUUCUCUCUAGUGCUUGACAAACAUUUGAGUGCAUGAGCAAGAGAUAAGCAAGAGAUAUCCUUAUGUGGAUGGAAAUAACUUUUUUUUUUUUUUUUAGCAUUUAGAAAUAUUCAGAGUAUUUGCUGCAGUGUUUGAUGAUAUCUUCAUCCUCAAUAAAUGACUGAAUCAGAAGUAUGUUAUUGCAGUAUGGCAUUCAGUGCAUGCAUAUAAAUAAAUCACACUCAUAUAGGCAAACAUGUAUUUAUCAGUUUGUAGUUAAACUCUCUCUAGAGAGUGUACUUUUUCCCCUCUGACGUUUUGUUUGCUUGAGUUGUGACAUGUUCUCUUAGUCUGGUCUAAUAUUUCACUUUUCUAUAGCCAGGAUCUUGUGACAUUUUCUACAUUUAUAUAUAAAAAUGCAUUUGAAUACAAACAGCCAAUCAAGUCAGCUUUUUCCUGAGCAUAAAUAUGUAGAUGUGAAGUUGUCCUUUCUGUGUUGUACAGUUCAGUGUGUUUUAUUUUCUUGUAUAAUCCUGCUUCAUGUCUAAAAUGGGAACACUACUAGCCUGUACAUCUUUAAUUUGUUUAAUUUAAUCCAUUUAACUGGUAUAAGUAAUUGCAUAAUACCAAUCUGAACACUAUUUAUUAUUUUGCAGACUGUGGAUGGAGUUUUGCAUUGUUGCAUUUCCUGUUUGUUCCCCACACUCACUUUAUAAGUAUUACCACAUUUGCAUAGCCCAUACAGUAUGCUGGUGUGGUGUUCAGUAGGGACAAAAGGACAUCGUUAGACUGAAAAGAUUGCUGUAGGAAUGUGUAAUAAAUGCUAUUGUUCUGUAUGUGAAACCAUAAUAAAAAGAAAGAAAUGG